AUGGAAUACGAUAUAAAAGAUACCCCUCAGGGUAUUUUGGAGAUUUCAUCCGGGCUACUCGGGAGACAGAACGUUUACAAUAUUCUUGCGGCUGUGGCGGUUGGGAUUGCGGUUGGGGCACCUUUGGAAGAUAUUGUGAGGGGGAUUGAAGAGGUUGAUGUUGUGCCUGGUAGAUGUGAGUUGAUUGAUGAGGAACAAACUUAUGGAGUGGUUGUUGAUUAUGCAAAUACUCCCGAUGGUUUAUCAAGGCUUCUUGAUAAUGUUCGUGAACUAAAUCCAAAAAGAAUUAUCAUAGUUAUCGGUUGUCCCGGGGAGACUGACCGAGGAAAACGACCGGUGAUGACUAAGAUCGCGACAGACAAGAUUGACAUAUUGGAUGACAUGUUAGCGGGGAUAGGAUGGACUAUGCAGGAUUACUUUAAGCAUCCAGAAAACGACUAUCAUCCCCCACUUAAAAAUGGUCAUAGAGUUUUCCUUCAUGAUAUUCGAAGGGUGGCUGUACGUUCUGAUGUUGCCAUGGGGGAGGAGGGAGAUGUUGUUGUGGUUACUGGGAAAGGUCAUGAGACAUAUGAUACAGUUGGUGAAACAACAGAGUUUUUUGAUGAUAGGGAAGAGUGUAGAGAAGCUUUGUAGUAUGUGGAUUAAUUGCAUCAAUCAGGGAUUGACACCAGUGAAUUUCCAUGGCGGUUGCCUGAGAGCUACUAAACAAAUUUAUAAUCCGAG